AUGUUGGCGUUUUGCCUGCUCAGUGCAGUGUGGCUGGCGGCGAUCCCGGGACGCGCUCAGAACGAGACGGAACCAAUCGUCCUUGAGGGGAAAUGCCUCGUGGUGUGCGACUCCAACCCGACCUCGGACCCCACUGGCACGGCACUCGGGAUCUCGGUGCGCUCCGGCAGCGCCAAGGUGGCGUUCUCCGCUGUCCGGAACACCAACCACGAGCCCUCUGAGAUGAGCAACCGGACCAUGGUCAUCUACUUCGACCGGGUCCUAGUAAACGUUGGGAGGAAUUUUGACGAGGAAAGAAGUAACUUCAUUGCGCCGCGCAAAGGGAUUUACAGUUUUAACUUCCACGUAGUGAAAGUCUACAAUCGCCAGACUAUACAGGUGAGUCUGAUGCAUAAUGGCUGGCCGGUGAUUUCAGCAUUUGCCGGUGACCAGGAUGUGACGCGCGAGGCUGCCAGUAAUGGUGUUCUGAUCCAGAUGGAGAAGGGAGACCGGGCCUACCUCAAACUGGAGAGAGGAAACCUAAUGGGAGGAUGGAAAUACUCCACCUUCUCUGGCUUCCUGGUGUUCCCUAUGUAG